AUGCCUUCCACUUCAGCACCAGCAACAAGCUCCCGCGGUCGCGGUGGCAAAUUCAAGAAAUACACCCGUGGAGGUGGCCGACACUUCUCCCGCGAUCUCCAGCCCACCAACGCCGAGGGCAACCAGGUCAGCAUGUGGAGCGCCGACGCCCAGCACAGCAGCGAGGACGACGAAGACUCUGAGGAGGAGUCCUCCGACGAGGACGUCGGCGGCAAGGCCGCGCCCGCCGCCGACGCCAGCCGCGAGGACCGCAAAGCACAGAAGAAGGCCAAGAAGCAGGCCGCGAUAGCCAAGUCCCAGGCCCACACCGUCGAGGUCGGCGACUUGCCCUCGAGCGACGACGACAGCGACGACGACGACGACGGCAUGCUCGCCAACCCCAACCACUCCAAGGCCGCCCGCAAGCAGACGGCCGCCCCCGCCCCCGCCCGCGGCGGCGACGUCGACGAGAUCACCGAGGGCGUCGCCAAGAUGAACGCCCCCGGCAACCGCAAGGAGCGCGAGGCCGUCGCCGCCCAGGCUGCCAAGGAGCGCUACAUGAAGCUGCAGGCCGAGGGCAAGACGGAUCAGGCCAAGGCCGACCUGGCCCGCCUCAAGCUCAUCCGCGAGCAGCGCGCCGCCGAGGCCGAGCGUCGCCAGGCCGAGAAGGAGGAGAAGGAUGCGCAAGACAAAGCCCGCAAGGCCGAGAUUGAAGCCCGCGAGAAGAAGCUGCGCGAAGCCGCUGCUGCUCCUAAGAAGAGCAAGAAGAAAUAA